AUGACAAUUUCAUAUUCUGACACAUUUCUAAAACUGCUUUUUCGAUGGAAAGGCUCACUUUGGAAAGCGAUUUGGAAACAUUUGCUCAUUUUUUUGACAAUGUAUUAUUGUAUAAAUAUGUAUUAUAGGUUGGUUGGCGCAAGAAUUUGUUGAAUUUGGGAAUUAUAUUUUUUUUAGGUUUGGAAUGUCUGUGGAUAAUCAAAAUAUAUUUAUGCGAUAUGUGAUAUUAGUGGAUGGUUGGACUAAGGAAAUUCCGCUAACUUUUUUGCUAGGUUUUUAUGUAGCGAUGAUUGUGAGGAGGUUAGUUAAUUUGGAGUUUCAAAACUUCAAAAAUUCGAAUCGCCUUGCUGAAAAUCACUAUUUUUAGAUGGUGGGAUUGUUGUCAACUUAUCAGCUGGCCUGAUCAUCUUUUAUAUAAUGUUUCAGCAUUGAUUCGCGGUCAAGAUGUGAGUUUUCUCUUUAAAAAUCUUUUGUUUUCAAAUUGAGGUUUUUAAGGCAGAGACUAGGAUAAUUCGAAAAACCAUCGCUAGAUAUUCAAUAUUGACAUCAGUUUUGGCUUGGCGAAGUAUAUCGCUGAGGGUUUUAGCAAGAUAUCCGACAGAUGAUCAUUUGGUUGAUUCGGGAUUGAUGACUAGGGAGGAGAUGGUUAUGUUUAAGGAGAUUAGUAUUAAUGUCGAUCCACAUCAGGUAAGUUGUUUACUUGCUGAUAUAUCAUUUACAGUAAUUUAGUCAUUUUUUUUUACAAAUUUUGAAACAGGUACUUUUUUGAAUAUGCAAUUAUUUUAUCAUAUUUUCUCAGAGAUUCAAGUAAUAAUUAUUCGAAUAUAAAUCUGUGGGAAAUAUUAUAAACUUUUUGAGACAGUAAUUUUGAAAAUUCUGUUUGAAAUCUAUAGAAAUUUUAAUAGAGCGUGAGAAAAUUAUGGGAAAAAAUUAACAUUUUCGAAAUUUUCAGUUAUGAACAAAAAACCUGGAAUUUUCACUUCUCCAAAAAACUCGAUUAUUUCAGAAAUGGUGGGUUCCACUAAACUGGAUUCAAACAAUGAUGGUGCGCUGCUUUGAAAAAGGAACACUAACACAUACAAACGAACUUCGAGUGCUUUUGGACGCUUUAGAAAAGUAUCGAAAUGGGUUUUUUCAACUGUUCAUCUAUGAUUGGAUAGCCAUUCCACUUGUGUAUACACAGGUGAUGUGUCUUUCUUUCUUUCUUUCUUUGUCUUUAAAAUGUUUGAUCAAAAUUUAAGUUGAAUCAAAACAAUUAAGUUCCCCGGGUCCCUCAUACUAUUUUUUGACCCCGAAAAAUUUUGAAAAUAUUUUCAUGACUUCUCUGCAAAUGCUUCUGAAAAAGUUGGAAGACUUUCGUCAUCGUUUCGCUUGUCUAUUUUUGUAUGAUUGGAUUUGUAUUCCAUUGGUUUAUUGUCAGGUAUAUACAAUUAAAUUAGGCCGCUUUUUUGAGUUUUAUUCACACUUAUUUUUUUAUAAGGAGAUUAGAGGUUAGGGUAAGGGAUUUUACGCAAAACUUGAAUUGUAUCAGCGAUAAAUUUCAAACAAAGUGUUUCAAACUUUUUAAAGCAGUUUAUUUUGGAAAAGUAGAAGCGAGAGGAUAAAAUUAGAAAAUAAUUUAGUAUAUAGUAAGAUCAGUGAAAGUUUUGUUGAGUUAAAAAAGUAGAAAACAGCUAUGAGAACAUUUGAAACAGUGAAUAAAAAUUUUUUAUGUUUGACAUUUGAAAUUUUUUUGGACAAAAGUUGAUAUCCAAAGGAAUAUUGUCAUCAAUUCUAUGAUUUUUUAAAACUUUUGUAACUGUUCUUUUUUGCGACAAUUAGCACAGAGACCCUAAGUCUAACCUCUAUCCUCUCAAUCACCAAUCAAUAUCUUUAGUGUGAAAAUCUAGGCCAAAACAACUCCCUCUUGUUUUUUUCAUUUUAGCAUGCGAUGCGGUGACGUGAAAGUCUUCAACUUCUAAAAAUUCCAAAUUUCUAAUUUUUUCUUUUCUUUCCAGGUUUCAACAAUCUCAGUAUAUGGUUAUUUUCUAUUUGCUUUAAUUGGUCGACAAUAUCCGGUGCUCAAUGAGCACAAAGAACUUGUCGAUGUUUAUGUUCCAGUUUUUACAAUUCUUCAAUUCCUUUUUUAUGUUGGUUGGCUAAAAGUCGGCGAAGAUUUGAUGUUUCCAUUCGGCGCCGAUGACGAAGAUUUCGAAUUCAAUUAUAUUUUGGAGCGCAAUUUAGAGGUGGCAAUGAAAAUAGUGGAUGAUUUGCACAAUCAGGUGCCACCGGUAUAUGUUGAGAGUUUGGAUGAUGAAGUGCAUUUGUUGCAUACAACGGCCUCUUCGAAACUCUCUAAUCAUCCACAGAGACAGCAUUUGAGAAAAUUGAAGUUUGGUGUGGACGCAAUGCAAGUUCAGGAAGUGCCGAGAAGUAAGUUUUGGGAGAAAGGGUUGGAAUUCGGGAAAGAGAACAUUUGGAAAUUUGUUAGCUUAAAAUAAUCGAUAUUCUGAAUUCUGAAAAUAUUCAGUUGAAAAAAACUAUUUUUUGAUUGAUAUUCAAAUUUUCUUUCAAAGUGUAAACUUCCAAACGCCUUCAGCUGAAUAGAAAAAUCCAGGAAAAAAGUUUUUUUUUUUAGUUUGAAACUUGUUUUGCCACGUCAUAACUUACAAAAUUAUGUCAACUAGUUUUCCAACAUUUUUCGUUUUGAAUUUUUCAUCACAAACCACGGCUUGAAAAAUCCACAAAAACUUUUUUUUGUAUUUUCAUAAAUAAAAUUAUUACAAACCAUUUCAAUCUGGAUUUUUCAUUAUUUGCAGAAAAUAUAAUCGACCGUGAGAUUUCGCUAUCAACCACUUCAAAACUAUCAUUUGCCGAUCUCGAACAUCUUGCAAAUGGUCCGAAAUUAAAAGUUUGA